AUGCUCGAGAAUCCAAGCAUAAGACUACGGAAUGCUGUGAUAUCGGGCAAGCUUUUGAUAGUAAAGCGCAUACUUAACCGAGCUCCCGAUCUACUUACGGACAUAAACUCUGAUAAUGGGUGGUCGCUAUUGCAUUACGCUUCCUACUAUGGAAAGUACUUGGUAUGCGUUCAUUUAGUACAACUGGGCCAUGGCAAAGACGAGAUCCUCAAGACGUUCAAAAAUAAUACGUGUGUGCACCUGGCGCUUUUAAAUGGCCAUGAACAGACCGCUCAUCUGUUAUUUCAACAUUUUCCAUAUUGUUUGAAUAUGAGGGGCCACCGAGGUUUGACACCGGUGCAAAUGGCGUGCUUGCAUGAUCACCACCGAUGCUUGAAUCUCUUAUUAGGUUUAGGGGCAAAUUUGAGUCUUCGAGAUGACGACAACUAUUCUGCAUUACAUACGUGCCUAAAGUACGGGAGUGUCAAUUGCAUGCGUAUGCUGAUCUUAGAGGGCGACCUCGUCGACCAGGAUACCCAAAAAGUGGGAAAUUGGAUUCCAGAAGAUUUGUGCCAGACAUUCGAGCUCGUGGAAGUCUACCAUAAAGUUUUGAAAGAAAAACGUUCACAUCAAGGGCUGCCGAAAAGGCCGAGUUACCAGUCCAUGGUAUCACCUUUGACUAUUCCAAAGCCAGUCUUUGAAAAUAGCGGGUCUCCUGUACUAAGCAGCUCGUCAGCAAUUCAGACAUAUGCAUCUCAAUUACCGCCACUUCCAACCAUAUCGACAAGUCGGAGAACCUCUGUCGGAAGUCAAAACGUAUGGUCUCCGAAAAUUCAACUUACGCAUACACUUAACUCAAAUUCGCCGUCCAAGAAAAAGCUAUCAAGUCUUAACCGAAUGAAUUCCACAUCGUCAAUAUCGCUUGCAAACCGAGAGAUAAGUUUGAGCAGUAGUAGUGCUCGCGCAAGGACACCCCAAGACGUUACGCCGGGAUGUACAAAACAAUUGUCGUCACCGGCAAAUUACGACUUGACUGGGAAGCAUAGUACCUCGACGAUGAGCUUUGAAAGCGCCGAAAAUGGGCUGGUCCGCGGAGCGUCAUUGGGAUACGAUACGGACAAUGCGGAUGGAUCUCGAGACUCGGUAGUGUCUUGGUCUAAACUGAAUAAGUUGCCUAGCCAAACUAGGCAAUUGUCGCUAAUGAACAUUCCGAUAUCGAAGUUAAGAAAUAGAGCUUAG